AUGAUGCUUGUGUUUUCUGCUCUCCUCGUCUUCCUGCUCGCAGCCAUCGCACAAUGCAUGUACAUGCCCAUCUCAUCCAACCCAAGGACUGUGACGACUAUUACCCCGCUUGGGCCUGCGAUUGGCACUGUCACGGCCGCGGGGGCCGUCAAGUACGUUGUGCGGUAUGCGAGCACGCCCAUGCGUUGGGGUGCCCCGGUUGUCGAGAAGGUCUUCCUGGCUGCAAAUAUCUCAGACCCGUCGGCGUUGCCUCCUGUAUGCCCCCAAAAUGGUUACUCUCCUGGGCAGUACAGCGAAGACUGUCUCUUCAUGGUCCUCUACGUCCCGCCCAACACGCGGCCAUCCGCCUCCCUCCCCAUGCUUAUGUGGGUACACGGCGGAACAAACAUAAUGGGCUCUGCCUCCAAUCCCGGGCUUGACGGCUCCAACCUUGCGAUAGCAACACAAUCGAUCGUGGCAGUCGUGCAAUACCGACUCGGCGUCCUAGGUUUCGUGCCUCCAUCAACCGUCGGGGCCGUGACCAACCCCGCACUGCGCGACCUCAUCGCUGCACUGCAAUUCCUGCACACCAUUGGCCCCUCACUCGGCGGGUCUACGGCACGCGUCACCCUCGCUGGGCAGUCUUCUGGUGCUGGGCUGAUCCGCGCUCUCCUCGGCACCCCUAGCGCAAGCCAGUACUUUACCCGGGCAUGGCUGCACAGCGAUCCGAUGAACUAUGGCCUCCUCCCACCGGCCUCGCUCGUCCCGUAUCAGCAGGUGACAUACGCUAACAUCUCCUCACCGCUGACGGCAAGCGUGGACGACCUCUUGGCAACCUAUGAUAACGCGCUGAAUGACCUUGAGCAGCCGUUUGACCUCGCUGGCCUGGAGGGUCCCCGCCCGGUGGUAGAUGGCCAGCUCGUGCAGUACUGGAUGCAACCAUUCAGCACGUCCUACGCGCCUGCAUCCCAGCUUCUCCCUAACAACCUCAAAGCGCUGGUCCUGACGACCACCUCUGCUGAAGCUGGUCCUGCCGACUAUGCCGACCCUGCGUUUGCCCAACCCCUACCUUAUGUGGCAUUCCUUCCUAUUCUCGAGAGUGUGCUGGGCGAACCGCGUGCUGGGGCUGUGGCGAACAGUAGCUACUAUGCGGAUCCCAGUGCCGCGAAUGAUCCUACUGGAGGGGAUAUUCGGAACUUGAGCGUAAAGGUUGGCACGGAUCAAGUUUGGCGCUGCUCAAAUUACGCCUUUGCACGUGCAUACUCGGCGCGGGGAGCGAAGGUCUACCCCCCUGCCGUAGCUUCCUUCUGUACCGACACGAGCAGCACCGUCUGCCACGAAGACGACAUCUAUCCCGUUUUCGGUACAACACCUAGUGCGAACGGAGCGCAGAACGCACUUACGCGAGAGGUGCAGCAGAGGUACGCGCAAUGGCUCUUGAACGGCGUGCCAGGAGGGGACUGGAGGGGGGUUCAGGGGAACGAUGUCAGCGCAAGGAUCCUAGGAGGCCCACAGGAUGCCGGGGUUGUUGCCGCUGGCGCGUGUGAUCCAGCGUUUUGGGGACAAAGCGUAAACUUCGAUUAUCAGGUUUUUACUUCGUGA